AUGGCUUAUGCGAGGAGAACCUGCACCCAUCAGCAGCAGCAGCAGCAGCGAGUGCAUUGCAUAUAUGCCUAUGCACAAUUUACAGGCACGUUGCACAAGAAGAUGAUGGGCAUGGGCAUGGGAAGUCAUAUAAUGGGCGGUUAUGACUUCCUGGGAGUUUGCAUCAACAACUGUGCCCAGUGCAAGAAGCUGUACGGUGCAUACUUUGACGGGCAGCUUUGUGCCGAUGCGUGCAUAAAAUUUCGUGGCAAAAUAAUUCCAGAUUGUGACGACAUUGGAUCCAUAACGCCGUUCCUGAACAAACUUGAAACUCAAUGA